AUGUUGCCGACGGCUUUUCUCCAAAAGACUGGCACCGCCAUGUCGUCGUCUCAUCCUCUGGAGCUCCACGCCCCGGGAUGGCAUGACGAGGCCCGAACCCCGGUGGUGGACAACAAGUACUAUGAUCGGGCCACGGGCGAGAUCCGAACCGCAUCCGAAGGCGACCAUCAAGAGUACAUGGGCCCACCGUCAGUCGACAUCCUCAUCCGGAGCCAGCACGUGGACACGGUCCAGUGUGCCACCGCGCCGCGCGAGCGCUCCCAUGGAGACGCUCCUGGGCCACAGCAUGAAGGUGGUCGCGGAGAGGAAGUUGGAGCUGGAUUUGGUCAUGGCCACAACGUAUUCGACCCGUAUUGUUUUGUCUCACGAAUUGCAACCGGAGGAAUUUACUGA